AAUGGAGUAGGACAUCCCCAAAAUACCCCUUUUUCAUAAAAUCCGGUAGUUUUGCUGGUUGUCAAAGUAGCCGUUGCACCGCCCCCGCCCCCUCCCCUUUCCCUCUCGAUUAAAUUACAACCAAGACCCAUGAAAAUUCCAUUUUCUCUCCCAUCUCCGCUCCUCUCUCUCUCUACAUAUAGUUGGAAAUUCCCUUCUUUCUUUCAUUUCAUGCAAUAUACGCCACUUUCUUGAUUCAAUUCAAUUCAAUUCAAUUCCAUUCAAUUCUUGAGCGCACCAAUUCAAUCAACACAAAAGGGGGGAAAUGAUGCUUCAAGAGCAUACGCCAUUGCUAUCCACAAGCUCGACGCCGAGCAGCAGGAGCAGCAACAGCAGCGACGCGGAAUCAGAAAGCCCCGCGCCUUCAUUAAGAUACAAUUUCCAAGAUUUCAAAUUCAAGCUCACCGCCGCCUCCGCCCCAAUUUCCUCCACCCAAUCCUACAAAUCCCUAGCCGUCCUCUCCGGCCACGUCGGAUCCGUCUCCUGCCUCGCCCUCUGUGGCGAGUUCAUCCUCAGCGCCUCCCAGGGCAGAGACAUCAUCGUCUGGCAGCAGCCCGAUCUCCGCCAAUUCACCAAAUUCGGCCAGGGCGACGGCGCCGUCAAAGCCCUAGCCACCGCCGGAAACAGAGUCUUCACCGCGCACCAGGACAGCCGAAUCAGGGCUUGGAAGGUCUCCCGAAGCUCCGAGAACGUGUUCAAGCUGAUCGACACGCUCCCCACCACCAAGGACUAUUUGGGGAAAUUCAUGAAGCAGAGCAACUACGUGCAGACGCGGCGCCACCACAAGGUCCUCUGGAUCGAGCACGCCGACUCCAUCUCCUGCCUCGCCGUCUCAGCCGGCCUCAUCUACUCCGGCUCCUGGGACAAGACCAUCAAGGUGUGGCGCACGUCCGAUUUCAAAUGCCUCGAGUCCAUCAAGGCACACGACGACGCCAUCAACAGCAUUGCCACGAGUGGGGGCACGGUGGUGUACUCUGGGUCGGCCGAUGGGAGGAUCAAGGCGUGGGCGAGGGGGGGCGGGGGGAAGGGGCAUUCUUGUAAAAAGGUGUUGGAGGGGCAUAAGGAUGUUUCUUUCAAUGCUGUGGUGGUUACUGAGGAGGAUGGUGGGGGUUUUGUCUACGGGGGUGGCUCGGACGGGAGGCUGAUGGGGUGGAGUUGCGAGGGGUGGAGGGGGGUGUGCGACGUGAGGGCGCAUGAGACGGCGGUGCUGUGUGUGUGCUUGAUGGGGGAGAGGAUGAUGUGCAGUGGGUCGGCGGAUAAGAGUGUUGGUGUGUGGAGGAGGGAGGUGGGUGGAGGGGUGAGUAGGCAUAUGGUGAUCAGGGGGCACCAAGGGCCGGUGAAGUGUCUGCAGGCGUCGCCGCUCAGGGCUGGCGGCGGGGGAGGAUUCAUGUUGUAUAGUGGGAGUCUUGAUAAGAGCUUGAGGGUUUGGUGGGUUCCUGCUGCUGCUUCUGAUCAUCAUCAUCAUCUGAAUGGAGACUCUGAUAAUAAAUUGAGGUUUAUCAGUUGAUUUUUUUUUUAUCCUGUUUUUAGAUAGGAUUUCAUGACAGAGUGUGAUUGUUUUUGUGUUUUUUGGGGGGAUACAUUUGUUCUUGAAGGUGUAAUUACAUCAGUUAGUUGGAUUGUAGUAUUUGAAUUUUUUUUGUUUUUUUUGGGGGGAUACAUUUUUUCUUGAAGGUGUCAGUUAAUUGGAGAUUGUAUUUGAAUUUUGAAGAGAAAGGUUUUGUUUUGUUA